GCCGGGUCUUUACUGCCAGUACCGUGAGGCUAGAGGGCCCGGCCGGGCGGGGGAGCGUCGGGCAGGCCAGGGACGCGGGCCCACCUGCCCUCCCUCCGGGCUGCGCGCCCCUCGGCCGCGCUCGGCGCCGGGGCGCGGGCUGCAUGGGAGCCCCGGGCGCUCAAGAUGCGGGCGCCGGCCAGGGAGCUCUUCCGGGACGCCUCUUUCCCCGCCUCGGACUCCUCGCUGUUCUCCAGCUUCUCCACGCCGCUGGCCCAGUUCCGGGAGGACAUCACUUGGAGGCGUCCCCAGGAAAUUUGUGCCACGCCCCGGCUGUUUCCAGAUAACCCACAGGAAGGACAGGUGAAGCAAGGCCUGCUGGGGGACUGCUGGUUCCUGUGCGCCUGCGCUGCCCUGCAGAAGAGCCGCCACCUCCUGGACCAGGUCAUUCCUCCAGGACAGCCGGGCUGGCUCGACCAGACGUACCGUGGCUCCUUCACCUGUCGAAUUUGGCAGUUUGGACGCUGGGUGGAGGUGACCAUAGAUGACCGUCUGCCUUGUCUUGCAGGGAGACUCUGCUUCUCCCGGUGCCAGAGAGAGGAUGUGUUCUGGCUUCCCUUGCUGGAGAAGGUCUAUGCCAAGGUCUAUGGGUCCUAUGAGCACCUGUGGGCAGGGCAGGUGGCGGAUGCCCUGGUGGACCUAACUGGUGGCCUGGCAGAAAGGUGGAACCUGAAGGAUUUGGCAAGAACCAGUGACCAACAGGACAGGCCUGGGGGAUCAGAACACAGGACUUGUCGGCAGCUGCUCAGCCUGAAGGACCGGUGUCUGAUAAGCUGCUCCGUGCUCAGCCCUAGAGCAGGUGCCAGGGAGCUGGGGGAGUUUCAUGCCUUCAUUGUCUCGGAUCUGCGAGAACUCCAGGGUCGGGCCGGUCAGAGUGUCCUGCUGCUGCGGAUCCAGAACCCCUGGGGCCGGCGGUGCUGGCAGGGGCCCUGGAGAGAGGGGGGCGAAGGGUGGAGCCGAGUGGACCCAGCAGAUGAGGCCGAGCUGCUGUCCCAGCUCCAGGAGGGGGAGUUCUGGGUGGAGGAGGAGGAGUUCCUCCGGGAGUUUGAUGAAGUCACCGUUGGCUACCCCGUCACCGAGGCCGGCCACCUGCAGAGCCUCUACUCAGAGAAGGUACUGUGUCACACUCAGGAGCUGCCCGGGGCCUGGGUCAAGGGGCAGUCGGCAGGAGGCUGCCGGAACAACAGCGGCUUUCCCAGCAACCCCAAGUUCUGGCUGCGGGUCUCAGAGCCGAGUGAGGUGUACGUUGCUGUCCUGCAGAGGCCCAGGAGGCACACGGCAGACUGGGCAGGCCGGGCCCGGGCUCUGGCAGGGGCCGGCUGUACCUCGUGGAGCCCAGAGAGCUUCCCAGGCAAGGACUACCAGGCUGUGGGACUGCAUAUCUGGAAGGUGGAGAAGCGACGAGUCAGCCUGCCCAGGGUCCUGUCUGCACCACCUGUGGCUGGCACCGUGUGCCAUGCGUACGACCGGGAGGUCCACCUGCGCUGUGAGCUCUCCUCAGGCUACUACCUGGCUGUCCCCAGCACCUUCCUGAAGGACGUGCCAGGGCAGUUCCUGCUCCGGGUCUUCUCUAGCGGGAGAGUCUCCCUCAGUGCCAUCAAGCCGGCAGCAAAGAGCCCUGCCCCUGGGGAGGCCCUGCCCGCUGGGGAGUGGGAGACCGUGCGACUUCAGGGCUCAUGGAGAAUCGGCCAGACGGCGGGGGGCAGCAGGAACUUUGCCUCCUACCCCACCAACCCCUGCUUCCCCUUCUCGGUCUCUGAGGGCACGGGCCCCCGCUGUGUCCGAAUCACUCUACACCAGCACUGCCGGAACAGCAAGUACCACCCCAUCGGCUUCCACAUCUUCCAGGUUCCGGUGGAUGGUGGGAGCCAGGGUGCACCCUCCCUGCUGCUCCAGGAGCCUCUGCUGAGCUGUGUGCCACAUUGCUACGCCCAGGAAGUGAGCCGGCUCUGCCACCUGUCUGUUGGGACCUACAGGAUUGUGCCCUCCACCUACCUGCCAGACACAGAGGGGGACUUCACGGUGACCAUAGCCACCAGGAUAGACAGGCAGUCCAUUCACAGCCAGGAAAUGCUGGGGCAGCUCCUCCAGGAGGCCUCCUUUAUGGCGGUGAUGAAAACCUAACUGGAUGGCCCUGUGUGUCAGCUCGGGUGAUGGGGGCUCCGAGGGGACCCCCGGUGGCCCACGACAUCCUUGCACAGUGCUGCCAGUGCUGUGGCGGCUGGUCCUGAGCUGGGCAGCUGCACCUGCCUGGGGGACCGGGUGAAGAGCCCCCGUCCUGGAGAGGCAGCCCUGGAGUCGAGCAGGUGCUGCAGGAGGGGCAAGAACACCUCAGUGGGGCCUCUUUGUCCCACAGAGCUUCCCAGAGACCCUCCACCUCGUCUCUCC